AUGGGUGGUACUGCUGAUGCUUGGUUUAAGAACUCUAAUUACAUAGUAUUUGAUUGAUAAAUAUAUAAGGUAAAUUGAUAAAUAAUUAUAAUUAUUAUAUGAAUAUAAAAAUAUUUAUUUCUUUAUAUUAUUUUUUUAAAUAAUGUAACAAACAAUUUUUAAAUUUAUCUUCCUGUAGCUAACUGCAGAAUUGAACGAAAAGUAUGUUGACUUGCAUUUCUUAUGUAACAACAUGUGGCAAUUACAGAGCAUAACCGGUCGAAACAGAAAGCUUUGCGGCUCAAGUGUAUUUAGGAACGUGGAUAAGCUGGCAGGGCUGAUUGAAAGGAAUGUCAAAUUCGUGGAGAACGUAACGAGGAUGGAAUUAUGGGACCACGUUCAAAUUCAAAUCUCUGUUUCCAAACUUGUAUUCUCGUCAUUAGUGAAAGGACGUCGGUCCUUGGAACUUUUAAUUCUACUACGGUCCAUUGAACGUCACGACUUUAACCAAUACACGAACAAUUUACAUGAAAACUUCAAGACAAUGCUUCAACUAAAAAGUAAUAAAAGAUUCUAUUUAUUUUGUAUAAUAAAAUAUCACUAUUCUACUCUAAUGUUACAUUCUCAUCUAUUAUUGUUUAUCAUUGUUUAUCCUUUUUUAUCGUUGUAUUAUUAUUUCAGUUUGUUAAUAUUUCCAUACACUGAGUUGAGUUUUCUGAAUCUUUUUAGCAAGCCAGGGAAGCGAAGGAUGAAAAAAUCCCUGUAAUAAACGAUGAUUGUAGAGAGAGAGAGAGAGAGAG